AUGUUUAUUGACGCGUUCGUUUUGGGCUUAGCGAAUUUUAGCAAACUCUCCACUCAACCUCUUCAGAUCUCGGAUACUCUGCAUAAAGCAUUUAUUGAGGUAAGUGAGGAAGGCACCGAAGCAGCCGCAGCUACAGCGAUUAUUGUGACGAGAAACGCAGAAACGCCACCCAAAGAAUUCAUCGCCAAUCGUCCAUUUAUGUUUGUUAUCGCUAAACAGGAACAAAUUCUCUUCAUUGGUCGUUUCACGACCAGUUGA